AUGGCCACCACCACAGCGUGUGAAGCUCAAAUAAAUGCUCCCGAAAACAGCAUGCAUUUGAAGAAAGUGUUGUCCACAGCCUCGCCUCUUACGUUGAGGAUUGUGGCUGAGUGUCCGGUGACAAAAGCCAGAGCGUGUGAACUGAUUUUGCCCCACAGCCCAGUGAGCACCCCUGUUUUCAUGCCUGUAGGCACUCAAGGCACCAUGAAGGGGAUCACUGUGGAUCAGCUGGAUGCCCUGGGAUGUCAGAUCUGCCUGGGAAACACGUAUCAUCUAGGCAUGAGACCGGGCCCAGAACUUAUAGAAAAGGCUAAUGGGUUACAUGGAUUCAUGAACUGGAAAAGGAAUCUAUUAACUGACAGUGGAGGAUUUCAGAUGGUGUCUCUUGUGGAGCUGUCAGAAGUCACAGAGCAAGGAGUCAAGUUUAAAUCCCCCUACGACGGCAAAGAAAUCCUACUCACCCCUGAAAAGUCUAUAAGUAUCCAGAACAGUUUAGGCUCUGACAUUAUGAUGCAACUGGACGAUGUGGUGAGCAGCACAGUGACGGGCCCCAGGGUGGAGGAGGCUAUGCACAGAUCUGUUCGAUGGCUGGAUCGUUGUAUAGCGGCAAAUAAGAAGCCGCACAAACAGAAUCUAUUUGCUAUUAUCCAGGGAGGACUCAAUGCACAGCUGCGCAAAACCUGUCUGGAUGAAAUGACGAAACGUGAUGUUCCCGGUUUUGCCAUCGGAGGCCUGAGUGGAGGAGAGGAAAAGGAUGAUUUCUGGAGAAUGGUGACGUUAAGCACAGACCACCUCCCCAGAGAGAAGCCCAGAUACCUAAUGGGAGUGGGGUAUGCCGUCGACCUAGUUGUUUGUGUCGCUUUGGGAUGUGACAUGUUUGACUGUGUCUUUCCAACUCGUACAGCGAGGUUUGGCUCAGCGUUGGUGCCCUGGGGGUCUCUCCAAGUGAAAAGCAAACAGUACGCUAAAGACUUCAAUCCUAUAGAUCCUGACUGUGAAUGUCCUACUUGCAAAAGACACAGCCGCGCUUACCUCCACGCACUCUUCAAGAACGACACUGCAGCGAUGCAUCACAUCACCGUCCAUAACAUCUGCUAUCAGCUCACCCUGAUGCGUUCAGUCCGCCAAAGCAUCGUGGACGGCUGUUUCCCUGAUUUUAUACGCACGUUCAUGAAGAGGAUGUUUUCUUCUCCGGACCAGUAUCCCAGCUGGGCAGUGGACGCCUUGGCAUCUGUCAAUAUCACACUGCACUAA